GAAGAACCGUAAGCUUCGGAGGGUCGUAACAAGGGAGGGGCCGAAUGGGGUGCUGGGCGCUGCGGAUUCGCUGUGGCUGCUCACAUGCCGGGUACUAAAGGGAGGCUUUGCAGAGGUGCCUUUGUUCAUUCGACGCAGGGCGAGAGUCCGCAGCCUGAUCCCCACGAUGAGCUACACCACCGACUUUUACCAUGGACCCUACCGUAAGGGUUUGGGCGACUGCCUUCGGUUGUCCAGUCGGUUGGCAUCCAGCAGCCCGUCCCGGAGCUCGGUGACGAAGGUGUCCGUGUCUCGGAGUCUCUCCCCUUUCUCUUACAAGAGAACUAGCCGCUUCCCUUCUUCCCCCGACUCGUUCGACCUGUCCCAAUGCACGGCAGUCAACAACGAGUUCAAGAUCAUCAGGACCAACGAGAAGGAGCAGCUUCAGGGGUUGAACGACCGCUUUGUCACCUACAUCGACAAGGUGCAUCAGCUGGAGCAGCAGAACAAGGUGCUGGAGGCUGAGGUGACCGUGCUGAGGCAGAAGCAGUCCGAGCCGUCCCGCCUGAACCAGGUCUACGAGCAGGAGAUCCGCGACCUGCGCACCAGGGUGGAGGAGCUGAGCCACGAACGGAGCCAGCUGCGGCUGGAGUGCGAGCACCUGGCCAACUGCCUCGACAAGCUCCGGGACAAGUACGACGAAGAGCUCCAGCUGCGGAAGCAAGCCGAAGCCACGCUAAAGGCGCACAGGAAAGACCUGGGCGACGCCACCCUGGCCAGGCUGGAGCAGGAGAAGAAGAUCGAGUCUCUCCUGGAUGAGAUAGCGUUCAUGAAGAAAAUCCACCAGGAGGAUGUGGCCGACUUGCAAGCCGCCCUGCAGGCGACCCAGGUGUCGGUGGAGGUCGACGUGAGCAAGCCGGAUCUGACGGCCGCUCUGAAGGAAAUCCGAUCCCAGUAUGAGAUGAUAGCGUUGAAGAACCAGCAGGCGGCGGAAGAAUGGUACAAGUCAAAGUUCGCCAACUUCACGGAGAGCGCAGCGCGCGGUAACGAGGCUGCCCGAGCGGCCAAGGAGGAGAUUUCAGAGUACCGGCGCCAGCUGCAGUCCAGAAACAUUGAAAUUGAGGCCGUCAGGAGCACCAAUGAAUCUCUCGAGAAGCAAAUGGUGGAGAUGGAGGAGAGACACAACGAGGAGAUCAAUAACAUGCAGGAGACCAUCAAUCAACUUGAAAAUGCUUUGCAAUCCACUAAGAGUGAAAUGUCUCAGCACCUGAGAGAGUACCAAGACUUGCUCAACGUCAAAAUGGCCCUGGACAUUGAAAUAGCUGCCUAUAGGAAACUGCUGGAAGGAGAGGAGACUCGGCUGAACACAGUAGGUAGCAGUACUCCCGCGUUCAUGAUCCCCACCUUUACCUCCAUCUUCUCUGAGACAAAGUCCUUCACUGCUGGCGGCGGCUUCAGGAGAAGCACAGGAAGGGACGGCAUGGAGAAAACACCAGCCGCGGAGAAGGACAAGACUGCAGAGGAUGAGAAGGCAGGAAAAAUGCAGAGCAAGAAUUAAGAAUCAGCUGUUCCCUUCCAACCUCUUCACACCUCUCCCUUCACCUCACCCCAGACCAAGAACAAGUACAUAGUUUCUAGCUAACAGAAAGGAUAUUUUGCAGUCUGCUUACAGGAGACAGUCAGGAUUAUUACAACACAAUCCUCCUAUUAUAGUCUAUCUAUAAAGCUCAGCAUAUACAAAGGUAUAGUUAGCUCUAAUUAAUUGAAAUUAUUUUAUAUUUGUUCUGGUUAACUCUCAAAUCAGAUGUGUUGUUUUUAGAUGAUUAUAUAUUUAUAAUUUUAUCAUCAACAGUAAUAUCCUGAAGGUUAUUGUCAAUGCUUGGAACUAUGUCAGUAACCUUGAUCCUUAAUUUAUUACAUAUAGUAUUUACAAUGUGAUUUUAUGUAAAUGUUUUUAAAAUAUGGAUUGGUAUUUAGAAAGAGCCAGUUUCUGCAUUAGAAGGGAAUUUAAUCUCCCUUUUCCUGUUCCCAUUUCCUCCCUCAGGUCAUUCACUUAUUCCCACAGUACAAUAUUUGCCUUAAAUACAGAAUUCUCAUGGCAUUUCACAGAAUUGUCAUCAGACACUGUAGCCUGUCUCACAGGUGUGUUUAGGAGUUUAGACCUGACAGCUUUGGGAAGGGCAUUUUAAAUUGAUGCAUAUUACAUGCAUGUUUAUCCUCAAUGUGCAAUUGGGCAGGCCUUUGAAUCCAGCCCUAUCCCAACACCAUGUACAGCUGUGCCUAGGCCUUUUCUGCAAUCUUUUGUCAAACCAUCCAUCUAAAGCACAGCCCAACCUAGAUUUGUAUUAAAUCCGAACUUUUCCAGUUGAUUGCAUACCCUCAGACAAGCUGCAGGUGGCUGAGCUGUGAUGGAGAUGCACUGGCCAUUGGAGCACUGAGAACAUCAUCUUGUAUGCUUCCAUUUUAAACCUGAUUAUCUGAUCAGAGUAUUGUUGUCCGUCAUGUUUGAAAUGCAACCAAUGUUCUCUAACACACAAAAAAAUGCUAGGAGAACUCAGCAGGUCAGGCAGCAUUCAUCUCCUUCUCUUUCGCCCAUGGUCCACUGACCAUUGUCCUCUCCCAUCAGAUUCCUCCUUUUACCUCUUCCACUUCAUCCACCCAGUCCCUCACCUGGUCUCACCUAUCACCUACCAGUUUCUACUCCUCCCCUUCCCCCAGCUUCUUCAGUCUUCUUCUCC